AGGGAAUGUUUCUGAAACCGUGUAUAAAAAACGAGUGGACUUCUGGGAUCAGUCAUUCCGCGCUUGACCAGGGUGCGCGCCUCUCCGCUCCCGAAUAACUAGUGAGGAGCCUCCUGAACCCUCGCCGUUCCACUCCUGGCUUCGACUUUGUAAAGAGUGAACGUUUUGCUCGCAUCUGUAUCCUCUACGGCAGUGCAAUGUUUCCGGAUAUGACUGGAACGACUCGCUUCCUUUUAAGCUUGGCACUGCUUGCCUCGACAGAAGCUUUCUUCUUAAAAUGGGGUUCGGACACGUCGCAGCCGUCGUCAUCAAAAUGGGUUCAGACUUUAGGGCCUAAUAUGUCUCCCGCCUAUCGGUAUCAGUACUACUCGCCAUACGAGCCCCGCAAGGUGUACCAGCAGUACCAGGCCGAGAUGCCGAUGCACGCACCGCCGAGCAUGGCGCCCAUACCUAUCAGCAUCCCGGCCGGCUCCAGCCUGACCCCGGUGUCCCUCCAGCACGUGCAGCUGGUGCCCUGCAUGUGCCCUGUAGCUCCCGAACAAGCCGAUAAGCUACAGGAACAAGUUGGCCCUGGACCCUACUUGGCUCAAACCUACGCCCCGCAGUCUCAUUCCGUUCCGCAACAAAUGACUGUCGCCACUGCUGACAAUACCAAAAUCUCAUCCAACCAAUAGGGAUUAUGUACCUUAAUCUGUAAUCAUUAUUGCAGCGCAAUAAAGUCUAGUACCUUGUCGUUGUAUCGCGGUCAUGUAUCUCGAUUGUUAAUACAUUCUGUUGCGGUGCAGCGCCGGUGGAUCAAAAGGGCAUUUAGAUAUUUUUAAGAAUCCCACCAAAUAAUUUAGUGUUUUUACCCUAAUUUAUUUUUAUUUAUAUUAUUUCAUGCGAAGACUGAUAGAGUAAGUGAAACACAUGUAUGUUCUUUUUUAAAUAAAGUAAUAUAGAAUAAUA